CUCGCGCUGAAGUGAACGGUUGCAAAUGGAACGUUCCCGGGAUCGCGAGCCAGCAAUUUGAUAACAGGGAGCAGGAAAAACCUCGGGAUUCGGUAUCCGGGAGACAACACGAUUGAGAAAGGGUCAGGAAGUACUUGGAUUGCCUGAUCUCCCUGAGCUUCGAAUUGUUCCUGAUUGUUAUUUUUAAGAGGAGACAAGCCAUUUUUGUUCUCCCCCCACCCUUUCCUUCCCUCUGCUGGAUUGUUGACCGAGCUGCCGGAGGAAAGAGCGCCGCACCUGCAGCGAUUAAACUGUCAGUCCCCCGCUCCCUGUCACCGAGUGACAGCCUCUAUCUACCUGAGUCCCAGUCUACUUCAGAUCUACCCGCAAAGAACAGUGAGGGUGAUUCGAGCUACAACCAACUUCCGCAAAAAAAAAAACGUUCUCCGAUCAAGUCAUCCCGCGAUCCCCUCGGGGCUAUUGAGCCAAAACCGCCCGGUCUGACCAUGUCCGCAGACCGCUACUCCGCUCUGGACGAAGCGGCCCUCAGGAAACUGCUUGAAGUGACUGAUGACCUAGAUGAACGCAGACUUAUUCGUUCCGCUAUAUGUGAACUGAGGAGAAAAGAACUAAAAGGAAUGGAGGAAGCACUAUCUUCCAAACGCUUUCGUUCUGAAAGAACAAAUGAACGCCUUGAAAACAAAGAGAAUCGUCUACGAUCACACCGACAGGAAGAGGAUCAGAAAGGGUCUUUGGAUAUCCUUUCGGGGAAACUGGAGUCAAUUAAUGACAUUGAUGAGUUGACAACCUUGCUCCGAAAUGCAGGUGAAUAUGAGGAACGUAAACUGAUUAGAGCUGCCAUUCGCAAGCUCCGAGAACAGGAAAUUGAAGCUGCAUCCAUUGCAGACAAGCCAGAUGACAUGCUAGUCCAUAAUAGAGCACUGCGAAGUGAAAGGACAGCCAGCACUUACCGUCUGGACAUUGCACCACAGACAACAUGGUCAAGCAAGGACCUAUCUACCAAACACAAGGAGAAGGUUCUUCAAAGACGAGCAGGAGAGACUGAGGACUUGGAACAGAGACAAAGUAUCCAAGAACUCCGAAACCAGAGGUGUAGCGGCCAGAGUGAGCCUGAUGAAAUGGCCUCUAAUGUGGUUGCUGUUUUCGAUCCACCGAAGAAAAUUGAUGAAAGUUCAGUGAAACAUCUUCGAGCAUCUCAACAGAGGGUAGAAUCCUCUCGUUUGGACCAUUGCUCGUCUUGCACUGACUCUGACUGGGACUCUGAAAGUGGCAAAGAUUCCAAUGCAAGUAUGACAGCUGACAGUUCCAGGGGCACAUUAGAAACACAUUGGACAAUUGGAACACAACACAAUGAAACAAUGCAGCAGGAAAACUCUUUGAGCAUUGACGAAGAAGAUGAUGCAAGAAAAGAAACUGAAGUUUUUAAAAAAAUUAGGUGUCCUUCAAUUAAUGAGAAUGAGAAUAUCAUUGCAAGGCUUCUCACACCUGAAAUGGAGACUACAGAUAGUAUUUCCCAGUCAGAGAUAAGCUCCAGGAAUGGGAAGCUGGCAUCUGUCCAGAAUUGGCUGAAUUCUGACAUCAAUGACAAUAUACCUUCAACUACAGGAAGAAUCAGUGACGAUGAACAAGGGGACACUUGUUUCAGGAAAUUUGAAAAAAAGAUCACUUAUGAAGAUCAAACAUCAAGGAAUAGAGAAACACCGUCCAAGCAGAAAGAGUUAACUGAAAUAGCCAGUGAUAUACGCAUGAACAGCUCACCUAUCAGGAGAACCAACUCUGUACAUGAUCGAAUGAAGAAAUUUACGAUGGACUCAUCUGACCAACCGGUUGAACUUGGUACAAACUUCUCUAUUUGGAAGAGAAACCAAAUAAAUGAAGGCAGAAACAGCAGAAUUCUCCAGCAACAGCAGCUAUUUUCAGGCAGCCCUGUAUUGAAGAUAAAAGCAAUUAGGACUUCAGACUUGGAAACAUCUCUUAAAGGGAAAUCUACUGAUCUUAGGGAUGUAUGGGAAGUGGGCAAAUCUGCAGAAAAAACAGAUAAACAGAAUGAAUACUUACUGUCCAACAGAAGUAACAAACUCACAGGCUCAAAUAGAAGUAAUGGGACAGAGCAGGACAGAUCUACAUCAUUGACGGAGAGCAUGUUCUGUUCUAUCCAAAGGGAUGGAAAGCAUGCAUCACAAUCUGGUUAUAGCUUAACUCAUAGCACUGCAAAAUCUAACUUUGCAACUCCAGAGGUGCACAAAGGCCAGCCUAGGGCAAUAUCUUCAUCAGUUUCUUCUUCUGGAAGCUUAAGUCAUCCGAUUGCAUCUGAAGUUACUUCAGAUAAAUCAAGUAAGCCAACAUUACCCUUGCUGUCAUUUGACAAGGACUGCACUAAGAAAUCUUUUUUGCAAAACACUGUUACUGAUAAAUCAUACAACAGAACUCCAGGGAGGAGCAACAUAAGCAAGUCACAGACACAUCAGCCUGCGUCAGAGAAGGACUGUAGUAAAACCUACACAGACAGCUCAGUGCAAUUAGACCAACUCAGCUCUGCAAAGCACUCAGACCUUUCUGCUAGAACAUACAGUCACUUAGAGCAAAGCCUUUCCAGACAAAAGGAGAAAGAAAAGAGAUUGAACAACAACGAAGACAACAUGAAGACACUUGUGACAAUUGAAAUCAAGGAGGGAUGGAAACCAGAUCUUGCCUCUACAAGGAUCUCUGGCACAUCUUCCUCACAGAGGGGAGAGCUGACAUUUGGCUUGCGAGCUACUCCAUUCAGAACACUGGGUUCCAGCAGCACGAUGAUGGACACUGAGCCAGUGAUGACUGAAGCAGCCCAAUCACUACAACAGUUUAAGGCUAUUUUACCUGACAGUAUGGAGGAGAAGGAAAAGGAGAAUGUGAAAGAGAAAAAAAUCAAAUCCAAUUUGGAAGAUUUGAGUGCUAUUGAAGAUGAAGAGGUCCUGGAUAAAAUGCUUGAUGUAACAACAGAUUUUGAAAAAAGGAAGAUGAUUCGAGCUGCAAUGAGGGAGCUCCGGAAAAAGAAAAGAGAUGAGAGAGAGAGAGAGCGUGAAAUGAGACUACAGGAACUGAAACAGAAAGCCGAAGAAGAGAAGAAAGCAAAAUCUUUAAAUGCUUCUGAAAUGACUCUAUCUAAAACACAAAAAUCUGCAGAUGGGAAGACUGUCACUUCCAUCUCAAAGACUGAGAAAAUCACCCAGUCAGAUGGUGGCAAUAGAACUUUACGAACUACCACUGUGGAGUCCAGCAUUGUAAAGAAAACUGACGGUGGAACAUCUGUUGUCCAGACCAAGUCCUCUUUCAGUUCCAGUCACACUUCAUCCAAAAAAGUUGGCAGUAUUUUUGACAGAGAAGAUGAUGCACGAUCUAGCAGUGUGUCAGCACUUGAGAGGAAACAGGCUGAGAAGCGGAAAGAGGUGAUGAGGUCACAGACACUGCCACGCACUUCUGGAACACAGGCACGGAAGGCAUUGAUUGAGAAAUUAGAAAAGGAAGGUGGAAGUCCUGGAAAUCCAGCCAUUGCCAGGGUGAAAGUGCAGAGAUCCUCAAGUUGUGGUGUGCCAAAUGCUAACAGUAUUAAGCAGAUGCUACUUGACUGGUGUAGAGCCAAGACACGUGGUUAUGAGCAUGUGACCAUCCAGAACUUCUCCUCCAGCUGGAGUGAUGGAAUGGCAUUCUGUGCCCUGGUGCAUAACUUCUUCCCUGAGGCCUUUGAUUACUCAGAACUGAAUCCCAGCAACCGCAGGCAUAACUUCGAGGUGGCAUUUAGAAUGGCUGAACAGAUAGCUUCCUGUGAUCCCCUGAUUGAGGUAGAGGAUAUGAUGAUAAUGGGCAAAAGACCUGAUCCCAAGUGCGUCUUCACUUAUGUACAGUCCCUGUAUAAUCAUCUGCGGAGGUACGAGUAACAGAGUUGGGAGAUGGAAGCCAAAAUGUCUUGUCUUUCUGUUUUAAACAAAAAUCAAUCCACAGCAUGCUUAUGUUUUGAGACAGUUGUCAGAAAACAUAUAUAUAUGUGAGUCACUGUGGGCUGCAUUUACGCUUUGGGAGUUUGAUUUUCUUUAUGCAUCAAGACAGGAUGGAGAUGUCAGGGUAAUGAAUUGUCUACUUAGUGUAUAUUGUAGAAUCAUAGUACAUGACCAUUUCUAUUUCCAAAUCAGUAAAAAAUCAGCUUAUAAAUAUACUGAGAGCCUUUUAUAUUAUAUAUUUAUCCACAUACAUAUUUGCAAAGAGAUAGGCAUAUUGCAGCACUGAGUUAAUGUCCUGAGGCCACAAAACAACUUUUAAGAUAAGGGAAAGAAAACUUGGGCAUAAUCAAGCAAAUCUAAUGAUUGUAGAUCUUGAUUUGGAAUUUUGAUGCAACAACACACCAGUAUUUUUCUCUCUCUCGCUCUUUCUAUCACCCCUCUCUCACUCUCUCUCUCUCUCGUUCCCUCCCUUGCUCUCUCUCUCUCUCGCAACC